AUGUCGACUUCAAAAAGCAAGUAUUGGCUUCUCAAGGCGGAACCAGAUUCGCGUAUAGUGAAGGGAAAAGACGUCAAGUUCAGCGUAGAUGACUUUGAGAAAGUCAAGACGUCGCCAUGGGAGGGCGUGAGGAACUACGAGGCUCGAAACCUGAUGAAGGAAAUGAAGGAGGGUGAACAGGCUCUGUUCUACCAUUCUAAUUGCAAGUCCCCAGGCAUCGCUGCCUUUGCCAAGGUAUCGAAAGAAGCCUACCCAGAUUACACAGCAUGGGACUUGUCACACCCAUAUUUCGAUCCUAAAUCCAAUCAAGACGAUCCAAAAUGGUUCAUGGUCGACUUGACAUUCUCCGCGCGCGCGGCAAACUUUGUACCACUUGCUCUGCUCCGGCUCCUAGCAGAUCAACCAUUCUCGCAGCCUCCUAAAGAGCUCUCGUAUCUAGGAGAGAAAGGUGUGCAGGCUAUCAAAACUAUGGAUCUUGUAACACGCGGACGACUGAGCGUACAACGCGUGGGAGAAGACGCUUGGGAAGCUAUUCAAUUUCUCGCGGAGAAAGGAGGCUGGGAUGAAUUGGACAUGAACCCGAAGAAGAAACCCCCCGCAAAAAGGAAGGCGAAGGAGAAGGAUUCCGAAGAUGGCUCGAAGGCGAAGCGAGAAAAGAAGGAGACUAAAAGGAAAAGGAAGAUAGAGGAAGAAGACGGAGAUGAACAUGACGAGGCAGAAUUUUCAAACCUAUCAGACGAGGAGAAACCAUCAACGUCGAAGCAGAGGCGAGAAGAGAAAAGCAAGGAAUCAACGAUUUCUUUUGGGACACAUGCACCAGAGAUAACUCGGAUUAUCGACGUUGCUUGUGGUGCAAAUCACACUAUUCUUCUCCUUGAAGUCAAGCAGGCUGAUGAAACGUGUCGAGAGAUAUGGGGUUGCGGAGAUGGGAGAAAGGGACAACUAGGCUCGAAGUACCGACAAGACGGAUCGAAGACCUCUUUCACAAGGCUAGUUCUUAAACUUGAAGCCGCUGGUCUGGGAGGAUACGUAUUCAAGCUCAUUGCAGCAACUUGGGAAACGACCUACAUCACCCUGGAACAUGAAGAGAAGGGAGACGUCGUCAUAUCCUUGGGAUCAGACGACUAUGGCGACCUGGGUGUUGGUGGUUUACGCUCUGCGAAAAGGGAAGGGAAGGAAAUGGUCCAUCCUCAGGACUUCCACAUCAUCCGGUUCGACCACCUCUCAGCCUCUGGUGCGCGCUUUGAUAAUAUGAAAGUGGAAGCCAUUUCUUCAGGACAAAGACAUGUCGUGAUCCAAUUGCGUCUCCCCCAGCCAAAUUCAAAGUCUUCUCGAAGCCAUAUUUUUGUUGGUUGGGGCUCCUCUCGACACGGCCAGCUAGGAUCCUCCCUCAAGCCAGUUCAACCGCUACCCCAGCUUGUUCAUUCGCCUGAUGCAGACGGCAUCGAGUCUUACUCUGCCGGCCUGCAUCACACCAUCUUUCUUAGCAAUGUUGGUCGGCUGUCUGCCCUGGGUUCGGAUCGCAAGAAUCAACUACAGGUCGUCGACCACUUUUCAUCCGUGCCAAGCCGUGUGCAAUUCGUCGGCUGUACGUGGAAUGGCACCUACGCCAUCGUUCAAGACGAUCUCGGCGUGUCCAGCGUGUAUUCGUCUGGGAGUAACUCGCACAGUCAAUUAGGUUGGAUGCCUACCACUAACUUAGACAAACGUAUAGGCAAGGUCGUCUUCCCUUACGACUCCGAUACCCAGAAAACCGUCGUUCAACUGGCUUGUGGAAGUGAACAUGUCCUCGUCCUCAUCCUUCAGGGGCAUGAUUGUUCGUCUGCGCGACAGGAAGUGUGGGGGUGGGGGUGGAACGAACAUGGGAACCUCGGGACAGGUGAUACCAAGGACGUGCCAACACCUAUCAAAGUUUGGCCGCCAAACACCGACGACGGCUUGAUGAAAGUUGAGGGGAUCUGGGCGGGCUGUGGGUCAAGUUGGAUUGCCUAUCGUGACGCGUUGUAA